AUGAAGCUGCGAGUCCAGCUGCAGUGCAAGAAUUUGCAUGAAUACCUCAGAGAGUUGAGUCCAGAGAUUUUAGACCGACUAUACAAUCAUCCAGCAACAUGUUUGGCAGUCUACAGGGAGCUUCCGUCCUUUGCCAAAAACUAUGUGAUGCGGAUGCUGUUCCUAGAUCAACCUCUUCCACAGGCAGCGGUGGCAUUAUGGGUGAAUAAAGAAAGUCAGAAGGAUCACGAUGACUGCGUGUCGGUGCUGGCAGGACUCAGACUUUGGCACAGUCAGCAACUGCAAGGCGGUCUGCAGGGAUACAUCCUUAAUCCGGUGUUCAAAGACAACCUGAGGAUCGCGCUCCUCGGCGGGGGCCGAGCGUGGGCGGACGAAGGCAGCAGUCUGGGCCCCGAUCGGCACGCGCGCGAUAUAGAGAGUUUGGACCGUUACGCCAUGGAGCGCUGGGAGGUGAUCCUGCACUUCAUGGUGGGUUCUCCGAGUGCUGCUGUCAGUCAGGACUUGGCUCAGCUGCUGACUCAAGCGGGCCUCAUGAAAAGUGAGGCAGGGGAGGCCCCCUCCAUCACCUCUGCUGGCUUUCAAUUCCUUCUGCUGGACACGGCCUCUCAACUGUGGUAUUUCACCCUGCAGUACCUUAAAACUGCUCAGUCAAGAGGGAUGGGCCUGGUGGAGAUAUUGUCAUUUCUGUUCCAGCUCAGUUUCUCAACAUUGGGCAGAGAUUACUCGGUGGAGGGCAUGAGCGAGUCGUUGCUCACAUUUCUGCAGCACCUUCGGGAAUUUGGACUGGUCUUUCAGAGGAAGCGAAAGUCAAGGCGCUACUAUCCCACCAGAUUGGCCAUCAGUCUGGCAGCGGGAGUCACGAGCAACUCUUCUUCCCUUUCCUCGGGCUCCGCUCCUGGUACCGGAGACACAGGCUUCAUUGUGGUUGAAACCAAUUACCGCAUCUACGCCUACACCAGCUCGGAGCUCCAGAUUUCUCUUGUAGCGCUCUUCAGUGAAAUGUUGUAUCGCUUCCCUAAUGUGGUGGUGGCUCAGGUGACAAGAGAGUCUGUGCAACAGGCCAUUGCAAACGGCAUCACGGCGCAACAGAUCAUCCACUUUCUAAGAACCAGAGCGCACCCUAUCAUGCUGACGCAGACACCAGUGCUUCCUCCGACCAUAACGGAUCAGAUCCGACUUUGGGAGCUCGAGAGAGAUAGACUGCAAUUCACUGAGGGUGUGCUCUACAACCAGUUUCUCUCCCAGGCUGAUUUUGAGGUGCUACGAGACAGAGCUCAGGGUCUGGAUUGUCUGGUGUGGCAAGACGUAUCUCACAGGGUGAUGGUAGUGACACCGCACGGACACAGUGAGGUCAAGAGAUUCUGGAAACAACAGAAGUCCCACCCGUGA